UGACUUUUUAUCUUGAAACUCAUCCAGCUUCAAACGGAUACUCCCUCUUCUGCUUUCUCCUGUAGGCUCUCCUCCCAUGAACACUCCUACAGGCCUGUGGAGCUUCCAGCCCCCGCUCAUAUGAUGACUGAGACUCCCGACCUUCUUUUUUGUCAGCACAUAUAACUGGCUGUGCUCUUACAGCUCCCCAACCUUGAUUUCCUUCCCACCGCUAUUCGACAUUAUGUCAAUUAACCGAAUCGAUGGACCAUCGAGUUUGGAUCCAGUGCAGAGCUUUGCAGAGGCCAAAGGAGGAGAAAGUGAAAAAGCUAGAGGGAAACCGGAUAAGGAGGUAUCCGAGGUGCAGGAGAGAGGAGAGCAGAAACAGAAUGAGUUCCAUGCCUCUGCCUUGCCGAAUGCUGCUAUGGCGGCGAGUGCGAAGAAGAUUUCUGGGACGGUCAAGAGACCGGUAGCUAAGAAAGAAAAAUACCCCGAGGAUGUUACUUAUGAAGAAACGGCACCAAAUGCGAGAGUUUGGAGAACCUACGAAGAUGAAAGCAACAGCCACGACGCCAACAUGGUCGAAGAGUCACGGGAUAACGUCGAUGUAUUGCUUGUAUUUGCAGGCCUUUUCUCGGCAGUUUGACGACAAUUGUCGCCCAAACGUACCAGAGCUUGCAAGCAGACUACGCUGCCAUGUCAUUAUCUCUACCAUUUGAACUGAUCCUUGUUCAAUGUGCCAUCAUCAAUGGUUCUUCGGCCGACGCUAUCGCUACCUCCCCACUGAGCCCCUACAUCGCUUUUAUUCCUACUACCACGGACGUCUGGGUGAAUGGGCUCUUGUUUACUAGCCUUUUCUUGGUCUGACGACUGCGCCAGUCGCAGUUCUCGUAAAGCAGUGGCUUCACCACUAUGUCGCCCUGCCGUCCGGAACACCGCGUGACCCUAGUUUUACGCGCCAGUUCCGAUACUAGGUUUCAAAAGUGGCAUGCCCAGGUCAUUACAAUGCUUGUAUAUAUUUAAGGGCCAAAUUUAGUCAUUUUCCUGAACACAUGUUGGCGGGGACUUUCCGAACGGCGA